AGAUUUGUGAGGAAUAAGCGGACAGCGCCAAAGAUCCCUGGAAGUGCGGCAUUUCUUUGAAUUUGCAUCGUUUCUAUUGUCUUUUUUUCCCCCUUCCACGCCCGCAGAGAACAGACUCGCUCUCUGUUCGACAUUUAAAAGACCCAAAUGCCCGGUCCCACCCAAGCCCUUUCCCCAAAUGGAGAGAAUAACAACGACUUCGUCGAGGACAACGGAUCCAACAUCAUUCCUUACAGGAAAAAUACAGUGCGGGGAGAGCGGGCCUACAGUUGGGGGAUGGCGGUCAACGUAUAUUCUACCUCAAUAACCCAGGAAACUAUGAGCAGGCAUGAUAUUAUUGCCUGGGUUAAUGACAUUCUCUGCCUGAACUACACAAAAGUGGAGCAGCUGUCCUCAGGAGCUGCCUAUUGUCAGUUCAUGGACCUACUCUUUCCCGGCUGCAUCAGUCUUAAGAAGGUCAAGUUUCAAGCUAAACUGGAGCACGAAUACAUUCACAACUUCAAACUAUUGCAAGCGUCUUUUAAACGGAUGAAUGUGGACAAGAUUAUUCCUGUGGAGAAACUGGUUAAAGGCAGAUUUCAAGACAAUCUUGAUUUCAUUCAGUGGUUUAAGAAAUUCUUCGAUGCCAAUUAUGAUGGUAAAGAGUAUGACCCGAUUGCAGCCAGACAGGGUCAGGACGCCAUUCCUCCCCCUGACCCCGGCGAGCAGAUCUUCAAUUUGCCAAAGAAGUCUCAUCAUGCAGCCAGCUCCCCCACUGCAGGAGCCUCCAGGUUGAGCUCUACGACCCCCAAACCUACAACACCAACAUCCAGACCCUCAUCAGCCAAAAAGAUUCCUGUAGCCGGGUCAACUCCUGCCAAAGGAGAGAAGGAACUGGAAGCACAAGUCGUACAUCUCACUGAACAGGUGAACACAUUAAAGUCGGCCCUGGAAGGAGUGGAGAAGGAGCGCGACUAUUAUUUUAGCAAACUCCGAGAAGUAGAACUUCUGUGUCAGGAGCAGGGUGAAGAAAACGCGCCGUUUGUUGAUCGACUGAUGGAGGUCCUGUACGCGUCUGACGAGCAGGAUCGAGCAGAAUUGGCUGAGGGUGAGGAGAAGGAUGGGAACCAGCAUGAAGAAGGACCAGAUGGUCAGCAGGAGGAGCAGGAUGAAUAUUGACUGCCAGCAUUCCUCACUGCCACCCUCUUUUUAAUAUGUGCGAACUCUUGACAUUUUUCUCAUGGUGCAUCUUUGUUUUUUCUUUGUUUGACCCCCUCCAAGACCAGAAACACAUGACGCAAGCUCCUGACCAGACGUACCAUCACAGUUUUGUAACCCCCUGCUCACCGACGACCUCACCUGUCAUAGCAGCUUUGGUAAGCUGAUGUGACAGGUGAGGUCGUGGUUGUGGUGGUGGCCUCCUCCCCCGGCAGACAAGCUCAGACCAUCAAAGACAUUUUGGAAGAUUGUGUGGGUGACAAGUCCAUUCAAAUCCUGUUGUAGAUGGGAUGAAAUCCUAAAGUUUGAUCAGGUAAAACAGUACCUGACAUAUGUUGUGUUUUUAACUUUUUUAAUUUUGUUUGUUUGUUUUUCAAAGAUCAAUAUUCAUCGCAAGAAUGCAAUAAGCAAAGCCCCGAAAGGGCUUACAGUAGCUCUUAUUUAACCUUUUUUCCCAUAAGUUGCACUGACAUUGACUCUUUUACUGGACAAUCUGUCCAUGGCUGUAUUUAUUAUUGUUCUUAAGCCUUAGUAAUAGUGCAAAAAUCUGUAUCACAUCUUCUAGAAUGAGGACAAAGUUUAAAAUUAUUAACGAAACAUUAGAAUGCCAACCCAUAUCUGAUUGGCAGCUUUUCCUCACCCGUGGUUUUCAGGUUAUCAGUGUGUUGGACGAUGUUAUUCAAACCUUUGCAACCUUUGGUUUAGUGUUCGAUGUUUAUUUGCUAUAAAAAGGAGCAGAUAUUAUCCUGGACUAGUCUUAUGAGGAACUGCAUUUUUUAAUGUUUUUCUCUGCUGUAACGUUUUCACCGCUCAGUCUCCUGCCACUUUUCUUUUUUUUUUUUAGAUCUCGUUUUUUUUAAGGCCACAGGUCUUGUGGUUUCUGUUCACUGAGCAAUUUGCCUCACUAUAUUCCACAUUGUAUACCCUUUAUUAUUGCAUUUACUAAUUCUGAACCGGUCAGUGCACCAAAAUGCUUUAGUUAUAUAUUACUGUGUAAAUGAAAAAGGAAUGUAAACAUGUACUGUCAAUAAUGAAUGGUAAAUAUUUUUUUUUCCAUGUCCCACUCAUUAUGCAUUCCCUGAAAAUGUGUUGCAUGUGUGCAUUUUUAUUUGUGAAUAAAUUGACCUGCUUUUUACAUAUUUAAUAAAAAAAAUUAGACAUGUUAAAUGUGCAUUUGUAUGUUUAACCUGCUAUUUGAGCAAUGUUUAGAUCCAGAUGGUUUUGCUGUAAUAAAAUUGCAUUUUGAGUCCA